UGAAACAACAAACAAUAAAGAAAACCAUCACAUAUUUCUGGAGACAAACAGAGACACACAAAGGACAAAGGGUUCGUUUGUUAGACGGUCACAAAGAAAACCUAAAGCUAAAAUCUUUUUUAUUAUUAUUAUUUUACUAAGAUUGCCUUUUUUCCCUUGAUAUUUCUGCCUUGCACAACCAAAGCAAUUAAUGGUCCACAUUGAUGCUGAGGAUCAAUUCAGUUUUAUCCGCAUAUGAAGGCUUUGCACAAUCUUAUAUCCUUUCUAUUAGCAACUGAUUUUGCUCAAUCAAGCAACUGCUGCUGUUAGGAGAAGGAAAGUGUUCAAAAAUAUUUGUUAUCGCUGCAAACAUCAGUCAGGAACAAAGAGUUUUUUAGAGGAAUUUUAUAGGCAGGUUGGGCUUAGAUGCGAACAUCUCCGAAACACCAAAAUCCAGCCACCAUCCGCGGGUUGUAUGACCAACCUGUUAAAGAAAAUGAUCCAUUUUAUUUGUCUCGUAUCCAGAUGUUAGACAAUAAUGCAUGUUCGGAUACUGGCGUCCAAGGAACCAAUGUCUCGUUUCAAACAUGCAAGGACCAAGUUUUUACCCUGGAAUCAUCCAUGGCAGGUGCCGGUUUUGUAGCCUAUGAUUCCCCUUCUGCUGUAAGCAUCUCGUCGAGCAGGAGUCCUUUCUCCCCACACGGUUCUCAAUCAUGCUUGUCUGAUCCUCGUCCUUCCCCUGAGAACACUUACGGAUCACCAUACAGUGGAUCUUCUGUUGUUGAUGAUAGCAACAAAUUGAAGCACAAGCUGCGGGAGCUGGAACUCUCAUUGUUGGGGCCUGAAUCAAAUACUGUAGAUAGCUGCAAUGGCUGCUUCAUUACUGGAGACCACCAAGCUGCUUCCAUGGCAAGCUUCAACUGUGCCCAACUGGUGGACUUGGUCCCUAAAUUCAACUUGAAACAGAUUCUUGUUGCCUGUGGUCAAGCACUUCAUGAUGAUGAUAUGUUGACAGUGACAGGAUUAAUGCAUGUAUUGGAGAAAAUGGUUUCAGUGUCUGGGGAACCUAUCCAACGAUUGGGUGCUUAUGUGCUGGAAGGGCUUAGAGCGAGGUUGGAAUCCUCGGGGAGUAAUAUCUACAGAGCCCUAAAAUGCAAAGAGCCAACAAGCUCAGAACUGAUGUCUUACAUGCAUAUUCUCUUCAGGAUCUGCCCAUACUGGAAGUUCGCAUACACAUCAGGUAAUGUUGUCAUCAAGGAAGUCUUGGAAUAUGAAGGAAAAAUUCACAUAAUUGAUUUCCAAAUAGCACAGGGCACCCAAUGGAUGUUCCUUAUUGCAGCUCUUGCAAAACGCCCUGGUGGACCACCUUCAAUCCGCAUAACUGGUAUUGAUGAUUCUCAAUCCAAUCAUGCUCGAGGUGGGGGACUUCAUAUUGUGGGGCAGAGGCUAUCUGAAUUUGCUUGGUCAUACAACGUGUCGUUUGAGUUUCAUGAUGCUGCUAUGUCUGGUUGUGAAAUUCAACUAGAGCAUCUUAAGGUUCAACCGGGGGAAGCCCUAGCUGUGAACUUACCAUAUGUAUUGCACCACAUGCCGGAUGAGAGUGUAAGCAUCUGGAAUCACAGAGAUCGACUAUUGAGGCUGGUUAAGAGUUUGUCACCCAAGGUUGUGACUCUCACCGAGCAAGAGUCUAAUACUAAUACAUCUCCAUUCUUUUCAAGGUACCUUGAGACACUUGAUUAUUAUUCAGCUAUGUUUGAAUCAAUAGAUGUAGCUUGUCCAAGAGACGACAAACAAAGGAUCAAUGCUGAGCAGCAUUGUGUUGCACGCGAUAUUGUGAAUAUGAUUGCUUGUGAAGGGCCUGAGAGGGUGGAAAGGCACGAACUUCAUGGAAAGUGGAGGUCAAGAUUUAUGAUGGCUGGUUUUUCACAAUAUCCGUUGAUCUCGUCAGUAACUGUGGCUGUAAGAGAUAUGCUGAAGGAGUAUGACCAUAACUAUAGACUCGAAGAGAGGGAAGGGGCUCUCUACCUUGGUUGGGUAAAUAGAGCAAUGGCGACAUUCUCGGCUUGGAGGUGAAAAUCCUAAUACUCCAUGAAUUCUGUAUAUUCUAUCCACAUUUUUGUUUGUUUUCUAGUUUAAGGCCAUUUAGUGUUAAAGUAAAUUAAAGAAAUAUGAGCUUAGCUUUCUUCGUUUGUUGUUGUUGAGAUAGCAUUAGGAAAGGGAAGUGCCUUGAACGGCAAAAUAUCAGCAAUGUAUCUCCAUUCUGCAUCUGGACAUGAGAAGAGGUCGUUCAUUUUUCUAUGACUUUGGCUUCUCAUUUGGACAUCAGUGGAUCAAUUUAUUAACUUUGCAAUUUUACUGAUUAA